UUCAAGCAGGCCUUCCUCAAGAACCUCCUCCUCGGCCUGUAGCUCCAGGCACACAUGAGCACAUCCUUCGGUAACGGUGCCAUGAGCCCCCACGAGAGGAAGCGCGCCGUCAAGUCCUCCGUGGAAGUCGCCAUGGCGACUGCGCACCGAGGCGGAGCAAGGUGGCCCAAGGCCAUCUUGGCUCCGGCGUCCAGUGCAUGCAAGGUGGAGAGGUGUAGGAGGAUCGUGAGGAGGUGCUGCCGUCGGAAGAGGAGCUGGGGGAGAUCGGGCCGCGCCAGUGGUGGCGACGCUGCGGGGAGGUUGGUGAGGAGGAGGACCAUGGCGCCGAGGGAGGUGAUACCGGGAGGCCGGAACUCCACCAUCGACGAGGCCACUCUGUUACGCGAGGCCAUGGAUUAUGCUGUGCACCUGCGCGCUCAGGUCGACGUGCUCCGCCGGCUCUCAGAAGCCGUGCAAACAUCUAGCUCCAGUGAUUCUGACCGUGCACUUAGAAAGGAUGCAUGAUUAAGUAGAAGGUGGUAACUUGCCUGUGCUUUUGCCAA